AUGUCUUUUGAGGGCGGUGACGGUGCCGGGCCGGCCAUGCUGGCUACGGGCACGGCGCGGAUGGCGUCGGGGCGGCCCGAGGAGCUGUGGGAGGCCGUGGUGGGGGCCGCCGAGCGCUUCCGGGCCCGGACGGGCACGGAGCUGGUGCUGCUGACGGCCGCGCCACCCCCGCCACCCCGCCCGGGCCCCUGUGCCUACGCGGCCCACGGCCGAGGGGCCUUGGCCGAGGCCGCUCGCCGCUGCCUCCACGACAUCGCUCUGGCCCACCGGGCGGCCGCCGCGGCCCGCCCCCCUGUGCCCCCGCCAGCACCGCAGCCGCCCAGCCCCGCACGAAGCCCACCCCGGCCUGCCCUUGCCAGAGAGGAAGAUGACGAGGACGAGGAUGAACCCACAGAGACGGAGACCUCUGGGGAGCGACAGGGCAUCAGCGAUAAUGGAGGACUGUUUGUGAUGGACGAGGACACCACGCCGCAGGCCCUUCCCCCCUUCUGUGAGUCAGACCCAGAGAGCACGGAUGAUGGCAGCCUGAGCGAGGAGACUCCCGCUGGCCCCCCCGCCUACGCGGUGCCCCCAGCCUCAGCCCUGCCGGCACAGCAGUAUGCCAAGUCCCUGCCUGUGUCCGUGCCCGUCUGGGCCUUCAAGGAGAAGAGGACGGAAGCUCGCUCGUCCGAUGAGGAGAACGGGCCGCCCUCCUCGCCGGACCUGGACCGUAUCGCGGCGAGCAUGCGCGCACUGGUGCUGCGGGAGGCCGAGGACACUCAGGUCUUCGGGGACCUGCCGCGGCCACGGCUCAACACCAGCGACUUCCAGAAGCUGAAGCAGAAAUAUUGA